AUGCACCUCGUCUCUCGAGCUGUACGGUUCCUGGUGGUUUCCCUGACCUACCUUGGGGCCGUCGUCGACGCCGCCGGCAGUGGCGUGUUGGAGGCCGAUCUGAUUUUCCCACGCAAUGAGACUUACGCGCCCACGGAUUCGUUUCCCAUUUUCUUCGCGUUCCAGAACGCCGAGCUCGCGUGGUACCUCAACACAGAUAUCUCUUACACGCUAGGAAACCGGUCGGACCUGCUCGGCGACAACCCCUUCGCGGUCGAGGGCCAAUGGUGGCUGAGCUGGGAAGUGGGCUGGCAAGGCUGUCUCGAGGACUCCUUCACCAGGGGUUACAAGGAUCCGGACGACCCCGGGAUAAUCAGCAAUAGAUCGCGCUGGUCUGUCGACUUCACCAUCAGCAGCGGCGGCCAGGCGGCGGAUCUUGCCACCGCUACCGCCGACUAUAAGACAUGCCCGGGGGAGCUUGGCGUCGCCAUCAAGGUCACGGGUGAGACUAAGCGCGCCGACGAGUUGAGAUGGUCCGGAGGCGAUACUUCCGCGGUACUGGACAUUUCCUCUCCUACGCCCACUCCGAACCCGUGCGCGGUCAAAAUCGACUCGGCUACAGCUGCCAGCAUCUCCGCUUCCUGGACUACUCGGCUGUGCAAUAACCUCUUGCUGCCCGACUGCCCACCGCGACCAAACAGUGCUUCGCAGCGCCUAGCGGUUGCUGGCGUGGUAUCCUUAGCGGCCGCGUUUGGAGCGUUUGGUUUCCUUUUUUUGUGA